AUGGGAGUAACAUAAUCUAGUUAAAAUGAUCAUUUAGAAAAGUAUUUAGGAUAAGACUUUCCUGAUGGAGAAAUUUUAAUUGGAUUUGAAAAUGUAUAAAUUAAUCAUAUAAGAGCCAAGUAACAUUUGUUAUUCAAAUGUAAUAUUAUAAGCAUUGUAUUAUUGCAAAGACUUUAGGAAUUGCAUCUUAUAACAUCAAAACCCAAUAAAUUAGAAUAAUUUACUAGAUUUAACUAAAUUAUUAUUCCAAUCAAUAUCAAAACAUAAAUAGAAAACAGGUGUAAUAUCAACUAAGAAAAUGAUGAAUUAUAUUAAAACAAAAAAUAAAAUUUUUGAUGGAAAAUAUCAUUAAGAUUCUCAUGAAUUUUAUAUGUGGUUUAUUAAUGAAUGUGAAGAAUUAUUGAAGGAUAAACAAAAUAAUUGGAUUCGAUAAAUAUUUUAGGGAUAGUAAUUAACAUAAAUUGAGUGUUUAAAUUGUCAUACAAGUAAUUAUAAAAAUUAUAAUAAGUCUCUUAAAGAGAAGAAAUGUAUUGUGAUUUAUCCUUAGAUUUAUUUCCUAAUUAUAGUUUAAACACUUGUUUAUAACAAAUGUCAAAAGAGGAACAAUUAAAUGGUUAAAAUCAAUUCUUUUGUGAUAAGUGUUAAUCAAAAUAGGAUGCAAUCAAGAGGUAUAUAUAUAUUUUAUAUAUAAAAGAUUGUUAUUAAAUACUUUACCAAAUGUAUUAGUAAUCCAUUUGAAAAGAUUUAAAUAUGAUGAAAGAUGUGGUUAGAUGAUUAAAGUAUCUACAAAAAUUCCUUUUUCUUAAUAAUUGCGAAUUAAGGCUUAAAAGUAAACUAAAACCUAUGAAUUGACAACAAUCAUUAUCCACUUAGGAUAAGGCAUAUUAUAUGGACAUUAUAUAUGUAUAACAAAAAUACAAGGAAAAUGGUUUAAAUUUGAUGAUGAUAAAAUAUCUGUAAUUUUAAAUCAAAUUAUCCUUAGUUAUUUGUUGAUUAAGAUUUACAUUAUGUAUAUGGAAGAAGUUAUCCAACCUAAGCUUAAACAUGUGCAUAUAUGCUGUUUUAUAAUGCAUAAUGA